CACGGCUUUAGUUUAGUCAGCGACGUCGUGUAUGUUUCCUGGUCGUGUCAUUGCUAUUACCGGAUGUUUACUAUGCGGGGAUUUAAAUGGCCCGUCGCUUUCAGUCUGUAACCGCUAGACGUGUGAACUGCCGUGCGAUCUCUCUCUGGAUAAACGCAGGAGCCCAGUGUUCUCUAGUAGAAGUAUUCCAAGCAGGAGAACUUUGUCCGCAGUACAGCUGGUUUGUGGUUAGUGAUUCAGAUUUUGUCCGCUUUGGCUCCGUAAAGCGGUAACCUGCACCUGGAGCCACUGGUGCGUGUUGUUCGUCCUGAUUUGUGAAGUCGGACGACGUUGUCAUCUUCUACGCAGAAAUCCGCCACUACUGCGCAUACGAGUUUUAUUUUCUAGAGCAUAUAACUUCAAAAGCUGAGCUGUCAGAUGAUUGUUUUAACCGGUUCAAACUGACCAAGGUGAUUUGUAAAAACAAUCAGUUCUGGUUUGUCCGUUUGUGGCCUGUGCGGACCGCGAGCCAGGAAAGUGAAAGUGAAUCAACCUUCAUCAGCCUUGUAUGAAUCGUAUGUGAUCCUUUGACAGUAGGAGUUCAGUUACACCUGAGAUGGACAAGGUGUACACCUUGCAGCGGGAGGUGGGUCGAGGCAGCUACGGAGUGGUUUUUGAAGGCCGCGUCACCGAGACAGGCUGGUGGGGUCGGCGGGGGGACACGGUGGCUAUUAAACGGCUGCCCUGCUGUAGCCCAGAAAGCAUUGAACUCUACCUCCAAGAACUAUGGGCUAUGAGAUCCACGGCCAGGAACCAUCCUAACGUCAUCGCCCUGUACAACUGCUUCAUGCAGACUGGACCUAAAACACUACAGCCUCUGAAAUCAGGCAAGCUGCCGCUGGACCUUGUGGAGAGCGCUCUCAAAGGGAGAGUGGUAGACAAAGACUCAAAAAGCCAAAGGAUGAACACGUCCCGGUCGAGGAGGAGGUUAACGUCUACGGAAGAAAUGUCCAGGCGUUGCUUUGCCCUGUGGUUAGUGAUGGAGUACUGUGACGGAGGUGAUUUAAACCAUUACAUGUUGUCCAGGUGUCCAGAUGCCCAGCGCAACCACCAGGUCAUACAGCAGCUCAGUAGUGCUAUGGCUUUCCUGCAUGGACUUGGGAUAGUACAUAGAGACCUGAAGCCAGACAAUGUUCUUGUCUGUCUCACCAAAACUGGGCCAGUGGUCAAGGUGGCAGAUUUUGGCCUCAGCAAGAUGGUGGAAGGCCCCAUGGAUGGAGACCGGAGCAGAUUGGCCCUCUCCUCUACUUGUGGCUCAGACUUCUACAUGGCCCCCGAGGUGUGGGCUGGCCGCAGCUACACAGCUCAAGCAGACAUCUUCUCCUUGGGAGUGCUUUUCUGGGCCGUACUGGAGAGGAUCACCUUCUUGGAGGAUGGCUCCAACCAGGAGCAGCUGGGAGCGUAUGUGGAGAGAGGCCGAUGGAUCACUCCACUGGGAGAGGCUCUGUGUCAAAACCCAGCCCUGCAGUUGGUCAUCCCCAUGAGGGCCCGCCGUGCGCAGCCGCUGCCACCCCCUCCCAGCCCUGCCCUCUGUUCGCUGCUGCUGGACAUGCUCGCCUCGGACCCUGACGCCCGGCCGACUGCACUACAGCUGGAAGAAAGGGUUCGCCAGGCCAUAGAUCCCCACUGAUCUUCAAGGACAACUUGGGAAGAGACACAAUGUUGCAGCCUCACUGUGGACAUCCUACCGCCUGCUUUAGGACAAUAUGUAUUUUAAGGAUUUUUCAGGACUCUAAGCUCAGGAUGAAUUUUGUUUGUUUUUGCUUUGCCUUUAUGUGAGUACAUCGGCCUUUCACUUUGAAGGCAGCCUGUUUGUCUGAAUGCGGUAUGCAGACUGUAUGUCAAUGGCCUAUUAAAAUGAAAUGCUUUAAUUAUUGCCUGUCCUGCAAUCAUGACAUCACAGAUAUUUAGCACAAGUAUGACUUGUAUUUUGUAUGUUCUUACACUGAACUUGUAUGUCAACUUUAGAUAUAUUUAUUGAAAUAAUUAAAACAAAAUGUGAUGCUGUUAGUAUUUUUCCUUUACCUGUCAAGAUAUAAAAUUGCAGUUGGAUUAAAGAGCCCAUAUGCUACA